AUGUCAUCAAGUCCUACAUUGAGUGAAAUGGAAUUCCCUUCCUCCCCUCAACCUUCCACCACUAUCACUACCUCAUGCAACAAGCCCAGCGCCAACUCCAAUUCCAAAAAAGAGAAAGAGAAGAAUCUGCUCAAUAAAUUAUGUAGGUUCUUACCACCCAAAAAGGAUGAAGCGUUCAUUGGACCGAUAUUACCUACCGUCGAGGAUACCAUCACUGAAAUCCGCCAACAAUGUCCUUCCCUCUCUCACGUCCCCUCCGAAUCAAUAUCCCUCAAGAUCCGAUUCGACGGUAAGAACUCCCAAGCAUGCGAGAAUGUCUUGUUCAAGAUUCCCUCGGGGAUCAAAAGUUGUUGGCCUAAUGCGAUUUCGGAUAAAUUACAUUUGAUUUUCAUCGACGUGGCCUCUGUGACUAAUGCUACUGAGUCGACUCCACCCGUCAUCUCUACUGAUCAAGCUAUUCAGACCGAUCCAAAGGUACGAGCUGAACGAUUUACUCAAGCUAUAACUUACUCUGGAGCUAUCCCUACUUCCACACCCCAUAGCGAGAAGGAGCGAGAGGGAGAGAAAGAAAAAGAAUUGACGUGGGAUGAUUUGAAGGAGGGUGGCACCUUGUUAGGCGUACAAGGUUGGACUGAUAGACCCAAAGCGAAAUUCUGA